GGGGACUUGGGCAAUAAUGUGGUCAGUGUGAGGACAAAUAAUCUGACUCUUGGCUCAGGAAAUUGCCCAAAUGUGAAAUUAUUUUCUCUGAAAUUAGUCUUACUGUGUCCUGGAUUCUACAGAUUCUGUUGUCUCCUCCAUGAAUGUUUGCUGUCUUUUCUCCACUCUACCAUAAAUAUUAGGCAGUUACGGUAUUUGAAGUUUAUAUGCUAUGGUUUAUGUUAAUAUUCAGAAAAUAUUGUUAAGGCCAGAAGGAGAGGUACAUUUCUGUUGUGAAAGUGGUGAUGAACUCAAUUUUCUGAGGCUAUAAAAUGCACAUCAGUGUACUACAUUUUCAGUUUCUGCUCUUGGUUUUAAAUUGUCCCUGUUACUUGUCCUGAAUGCUGUAUUAGUAUGUAGCCUAGAUGCUGGUACUGUACCCAUUGUGAAACAGUCCUCUAAAAUGUGCUUAUUUGUAUUUCCAGAAAGAUCAUGGAUUGCUACAAGAAGUAUGCAGCUGUCACUUUGACCAUUUUGUCUGUAUUUCUGCAUCUUCUUCAUACUUUCCCAGAUGGAGAAUUUCUCAUGCAGGGUUGUCCAGAGUGCAAGCUAGGGGAGAACAGAUUCUUUUCAAAACCAGGAGCCCCCAUUUACCAGUGCACUGGGUGCUGUUUCUCCCGGGCCUAUCCCACUCCAAUGAGAUCCAAGAAGACCAUGCUUGUUCCAAAAAACAUUACAUCGGAAGCAACGUGCUGCGUAGCAAAGGCUUUCACCAAGAUUACCCUUAAGGACAAUGUGAAGAUAGAGAACCACACAGACUGUCACUGCAGUACCUGCUACUAUCAUAAAUCUUAAAGCCUGUCCCUUUGUUAAUGGGAUCACAGGACAACGGUGAAGGGAAUAUUUGUUUUUCAGCUUUUAUAGCACUGCUGUGUAUAAUCUUAUGUUUUCUGGUCAAGACACCAAGUAGACUUUUGAAUGAGAUGGAUGGCUGUUUUAUUUCCUCUUUGCUUCUUCAUGCAUUUAAGUAAGUUUAACUAUUUCCAUUAGGGAUUAGAUGCAGCACUUGCAUGACAACCAUAAGCAUGACAACCAUAAGCUUGAUCUGUUUUCGAAAUAAACUGUCAGAUAAAUCGUC